UCCAACCCUCUUCUAUCAACCCAGAAGAGCUCGCAGCUCCAGGCCGUCUUGCACCCGCUGGUGCUUCUCACAAUCUCCGACUACAUCACACGACACACUCUGCGGGAGCAAAAGGGCCCUAUCAUCGGGGCUCUGUUAGGCCAGCAGAAUGGCCGGGAAAUCACCAUUGAGCACGCCUUCGAGUGCCACGUCCAGGAAGCACCCCAGGUCGAGGGAGGGUACCUGAUCAACGCAGAGAAGUUUGGCAGAAGAUUGGAACAGAUGUGCCUUGUGCAUAAAGACCGAAAACUGGACUUUGUCGGCUGGUACACGCUGCUGUCGUCAUCGGGCCCUUCGCCUACCAUCCUGCCCAUCCACAGCCAGAUUCUCGAGAACUGGAACGAGUCGGCCGUUUUGCUAGGUUUCCACCCGCAGGAGGUCGCUCAGCAUUCAGUUGGCGGUAAAUUGCCGUUGACGAUAUACGAGAGCAACUUCGAGGUCGACGACGCCAGGGCGGAAAAUGACGGAGAGGAUAAGAAGAUGGACGACGGUGAUUCUGCACUCAAGCUUAGAUUCCGAGAGGUGCCUUACUCCGUCGAGACAGACGAAACCGAGAUGAUCAGCAUGAACUACGUGGCGAGCGGCGGUGGAAACGCAGCGGCUAGCGCCCCCGCUCCAACCGUCAAGGAGGAACGGCCGGCUCGUUCGAUAGAAUCAAACGGAAAGGGAAAGCGGAGGCUGGUGGAAAGUGAGGUUGAGGAGAGGAGAGACGCGGUGGUGGAUGAUGCGAGCGCUCUGUCACGCGAGGAGGACGAGAUGCUUGCUGCGCUGACGGCCAAGGCCAACGCCAUCAAGAUGCUGCACUCCAGAAUCCAGCUCAUCAUUACCUACCUGGAACGCUUGCCGUCCUCAUACAUCAACGGAGGUGACCAAGAUGGAGAGAGCAUGGAUACAGACACUACCAAUACUACGCCAUCUUUGAACAUUCUCCGGCAGAUCCAGGCCCUGGUCAGCCGCCUCGACCUCGUCAUCCCGUCAGACAGAGAGGCCUUUGAGAAGGAAGUCCAGAGCGAGUCCAACAACGUCAAUCUCCUCGGCCUUUUGAACUCCAUCAUGCAAGGCGUCAACCAGGCAAAGGACGUGGGCAGGAAAUUCCAUGCCAUUGAAUCGAGUAAGGGCGCGGCAAGGCGUGGG